CGAGGUCAUGGAAGAGCACAAGAUGCAGUUUCUAAUCCGUCUUCUGGGAGGGAAGUUAAAGCAGGGGAGAAGCGACGGAGAUGUGUUGAGGACGACCGAGGGGGGGAGAGAGUGUCUGAUGACCGUGAACGUGAAGAAGACAAUGAUGAUGGUAAUCGGAUGGCGAAAGCUAUGCUUUUGGAUGAACUUGUGGAAGCCAUGCAGAUAUUGAAGCGGGAAACGCUGGCCAGUUAUUCGGAGGAUUAUAAUUACAUUGACCGAGAGGACGAGUUUGUGCGGAUGAUGGUCAUCGAUGGUUGCUUCGUGAUCGAACUAUUACGCCUUUACUACGACCUUUUCCACACCAAGUCCACUGUGGUGGCAAUUGAAGACGAUCCGAUCCUUACCAAUCCCUGGAUUCUAACAACCCUUCGACGCGACCUUCUAUUGCUUGAGAACCAACUACCAUUCUUCGUUCUCGAGAAACUGUACGAGCUGAUCAACAACAAGAACAACAUUGAUCAUCAACAAGCUGUGCCGCUGGAAGAACUCGCGGUCACCUUCUUUGACCCACUGUUACCCCAACAGAAUGCUGCCUCUAAGUUGGACACCGAAAAACCCAAGGCUCAUCUGCUCGAUGUUUUCCGAUCUACCUUCCUCAAAUCGGUGAGUGAGAAAGUCCCCAAGAAGGAAACGAAUCGAGUCAACUCGCGGUUGAAUCCCAAUGGCAGUAUGAGGGGCCUGGUCCGAUACUUUGCGUCGGAGCUCCAAGAGGCGGGCAUGCAAUUCAAGAAGUGGAAGGGCCACGACUUACUGGACAUCGAGUUCGAUCAUGGCACUCUACGGGUCCCUCCGUUGUCCAUCAGUGACAACACCGUCUCUCUCCUUUUGAAUUUCGUUGCGUACGAAAUGAGCGUCAAACACCCCGAGCCCUUCUUCACGAAUUACUUCAUUUUCUGGGACAGUUUGGUCAAUAGCCCCAGGGACAUUCAGAUUUUCCGCAAGCACGGGAUCAUCAAUCAUCUGGGAAGUGAAAAGGCGGCGGCGGAACUGUUUAUGAGGUGUAGAGAGGCCAUUUACGAUCUCGAUCUGGGCUACUUGUACAACGAAAUCAAGGAGGUGAAUGAUUAUGGCGAGCAGUACUACCAAAGCAAAUACAGCCACUGGUGGAGAAGCCUCAUCCGGGAACGUUUCAGCAGUCCGUGGACAUGCCUCUCUCUCUUUGCUGCUAUUAUCCUGUUGCUGCUUACCCUCCUGCAGACGUUUUACACCGUGUAUGCUUACUAUCGGCCGCAUUAAGAUUUGUGCCUGUCAUUCUAUGACAACAUGUCUUGUUGGCUAUCGCUUUUUAGCA